UACCAAGAUCCAUUGCGCUAAAAACGGAUCCGCACACCACUUCACCAACAACCCAUCGGUUCAACACUUCAACUUCAACUCUUCACUUUCACACAACUUCCUUACAAACAAACCCUUCACACACACUCAAAUCCUCACAACUUUAUUGACCAAAUUCAUGAACAUGUAUACACACAACCAACCACAACUCUCAACUUCCACCACCAAAAAUGAUCACUAAAUCAAUAAUUUCACUCAUCAUCUUCCUAAUCAUCACCCUCAUCACUUACUUAAUCACCACCGGAGGUUUAAUCGGCACCGUCGAUCUCAAUCUCAGAUCUCAGUUCUCCUUCCUCUCAUCCACCAAUGACACUCGCACAAUUCCAACUAAUCCUGCACCUUGCCGCACCGGAUCGCCGCUCAGAGUUUUUAUGUACGAUCUCCCGGUUAGGUUUAACGUUGCGAUGUUGAGUAAAAACUUCGCCGGAGUAGAUGAGAAUAUUCCGGUGACGGCGAGGAAUCUGCCGCCCUGGCCGCGGAAUUCGGGGCUGAAGCAGCAGCAUAGUGUGGAGUAUUGGAUGAUGGCGUCGUUGUUGUGUGAGAAUUGUGGUGGUGAGGCGGUUAGGGUUUUGGAUCCGGAAGUAGCGGAUGUGUUUUUUGUUCCGUUUUUUUCGUCGUUGAGUUUUAAUACGCACGGGAGGAAUAUGACUGAUCCGGAUACGGAGAUUGAUAGGCAGUUGCAGGUUGACAUCCUUAAGUUCUUAAGGCAAUCCAUCUAUUGGCAAAGGACUGAAGGAAGAGACCAUGUAAUUCCAAUGCACCAUCCCAAUGCUUUCAGAUUUCUUCGAGAGGAAGUAAAUGCAUCGAUUCUAAUUGUUGCGGAUUUCGGGCGUUACUCUAAACGCAUGUCGAAUUUGCAAAAAGACGUUGUUGCCCCUUAUAUGCAUGUAAUGGAGUCUUUCUUGGAUGAUAAUUCUCUAGACCCUUACAACUCACGGACUACGCUUCUUUUCUUUAAAGGAAGAACAGUGAGAAAAUCUGAAGGCGUGGUACGAGCUAAGUUGGAAAAAAUAUUGAAAGGAUACGAUGAUGUUCACUAUGAAGCUAGCUAUGCAACAGGAGAAAGCAUAAAAGCUUCUUCUCAGGGCAUGCGUUCAUCCAAAUUCUGUCUAAAUCCAGCUGGAGACACUCCAUCUUCAAACCGACUGUUUGAUGCUAUUGUGAGCCAUUGUGUUCCUGUGAUUGUGAGUGACCAAAUUGAACUACCGUUCGAAGACGAACUAGACUACAACAAAUUUUCAAUUUUUUUCUCUGUUGAAGAGGCGUUAAUUCCUGGUUACAUGGUCCAACAACUAAGAAAAAUCUCAAAAGAAAAAUGGCUUGAAAUGUGGAAAAUACUCAAAGAAAUAUCGCAUCAUUAUGAAUAUCAGUAUCCUCCAAAAAAAGACGAUGCUGUUAAUAUGAUAUGGAGGCAGGUACGGGAUAAGGUUCCUGCAGAAAGACUUGCUGUAAAUAGAGCCCGGAGAUUAAAAGUGCCUGAUUGGUGGCGGUGAGUGUCAAGCCAUUGAGUCGGACCGGGCCAGCCUGGUCCUGCCCGGUCGGCUCUAUUUGUUAUUUUUCAAAAGGAUUUUUUAUAUAUAUAUUUCAUUGUUGUUCAUGAAUCAUAUAGCUACAUUGCUUCCCUUGAUGGGGAAAAAGGUAUAGUUUCUUUUUUGGUUGAAGAUGUUUAGGUCGUUAAUUUAAAUGAAUUUUAACUCCAUUUCACCUCAA